AUGUCACUGAACUUUCUGCCAGGGCGUCCUAACGAUACUCCCCAGACGGCGUGCCAAGCAACAUGGCAAAAGCAUACCCUCUUCGCAUACUGUUCUGGGAAUAACUUAAUCAUCCUCUCCAAUAAGUUCACCAGGCUGCAGACCAUAUACACACAAGCGGACUGUACCGCAGUCGAUAUCAACAGCCAGAAUGGGUUUAUUGCCCUAUCUUUCCAUAAUAGGGUCCUCAUCUACAAGCCUAUUCAUCAAAUCAUGCAGAACCCCAAGUGGACUCAGUGUUGCCAGUUGUUUCAUGACGAUACUCCGGUGAACUGCCUAAGAUGGUCUUCCGAUAACGAACUAGCCAUUGGGUCUGAUUUUCUCUCAUUUUGGAAAAUUAAGGAUAAUUUUGGGAUAUAUCAACCUAUUUUACAAUGGAAUCAAAAGCAACCUAAACCCGUUUACAAUGUAAUCAUCUCACAAGACUCGCAAUUAAUAGUUAGUGUUGGGAAAUAUGAUUCCAACGCCAAGUUAUGGAAGCGUAUUUCCAUGGUUGGAGAGCAAGUCAUUUUCAAUCUAACCAUGCUGGCUCACCCGAAGCCCAUAACUGCAAUGAGAUGGAGGCAUGAGCCUGAUCUGACAAACAGAAAGAACACACCUUCGCGGACACUUUAUACAUUGUGCGAAGAUAAAGUACUAAGGAUAUGGUCUUGUUUUGAAAUGGACAAGAACCAUACUGUGCAGCUAUGGGGCGAAGUACCUCUUUCCCCUACGCAGAAAUUUUGCGUAGUAAUAGAUAAUUGGAUAAUAAAACACAGCCUCAACAAGGAAGCUUUAGAAAGUUACAAUAUAUCCAAAUCAGAUAUUGUUAUUCUAGGUUCAAUGGCUGGGGAAAUGGAAAUUAUAGCUUUACACAAUCUUUCCCAAGACCCGCCAAAACCAAUGACCAAAGAAACUAUAUCACAUAAGAUAAUUGAUAAAGCAACUAUGCUGAACGACACAAAAUACGUAUACUUCCCCGAAGUACAACCCUACGAUGAUUUGAAAGACAAAAUAUCGUUUUUGGUUCAUGAUUUACAAGGUAUGAUAAGACAUUUGCUAAUCGAUCUUCUGCAACUCAUAAGCAGCAGAGACGGGCAUAUAUCCGUCGAUUUGGAACACAAAUUUACAGGGCAUAACAAAUCUGUCCAAAAAUUGGUGAGGAGUAGCGAUGGAGAAGCGUUAUUGACUACUUCUAGAUUCUCAGAAAACUGUGUCUGGUACCCACAAAAGUUGAGUCACGGGGUUUCUUUGCGGUUACAGAAUAUUAUACGUACCGAGUCUCCAAUAAAAUUUGCAGUUGUACAUGAACUGGGUAAACUGGUCAUUUGUUUGCUUGAAAAUGGGGUCUUGCAAGCCUGGGAAUGUCCAACAAACCGAAAAGAGGACAGUGAACAGAAGCAAUCGUAUUUGCGUGCAGAAACUACAUUGGAAGAGAAUAAAUCAAUUCAUCCAAUAGUCAUGUUAAACACACCCGAGUUAAAGCAUAGUCAUGAGCGUCAUUUUAUUGCGUUGAUUUUCUCUGAUGGGUCAAUUAAGGCCUUUGAAGUUUCUUUGACACGCGGUAUUUUUGAAGUCAAAUCCGAUGCUUUGGACAUUCACGGCGACGACAUUUAUAGGAUCUCUAUCAUCGAUCCUGUCCAUCAAACGUUCUUUAGUAACAGGCCUCUUAUUUCCUUAGUAACUAAGAAGGGUCUUACUAGGACAUAUAAAGCCAUUGUCAAUUACGAUGACAGACACGUUCAAUGGAUUAAGGCUUGUGAAAUUAAUACAGGAAUAAUAAACCCCACAUGCAUUAGAGGAUCUUCUACAGGUAAACUGUGUAUCGUCAACUCUACAGGUAAAGUGAUGUCGUUGUGGGAUUUGAAUAGAGCAGUUCUUGAAUAUGAAGAAACAUUUGGUGAUGCUAUCGAAGAUGUAGAUUGGACUAGUACCGAAUAUGGCCAAAGCAUAGUUUCUGUUGGAUUUACAGGAUACGCUUUGUUGUAUACUCAAUUGAGAUAUGAUUACACCAAUAAUACACCUAGUUAUUUACCUAUAGAAAAAAUUGAUAUCACAGCUCACACGGCUCAUAAUAUAGGUGACUCUAUAUGGAUGAAAAACGGAACAUUUAUUGUUGCUUCGGGAAAUCAAUUUUACAUCAAGGAUAAAUCUUUGGAUUUAAAGGAUCCAUUCACAUACCAAUCUAUUGGUUCAAGAAAAAUACUAUCGAAUGACAUACUUCAUUUAAGUAGCGUUUUGAAUGGCCCACUACCAGUGUAUCAUCCCCAAUUUUUAAUUCAAGCUAUUUAUGCCAACAAGUUACAGCUUGUCAAAGAGUUGCUGUUGAGAUUGUUUUUAGCACUAAGAAAGUUGGAUUUCGAAUCACAGGAUGUGUCUAAUUUAGACUCUAAUUUAGGUAUGAAUCCCUUGAAGUUCUUUAUUGCUAAAGACAGAGACUAUCCGACAGAAACGUUCCCUGAUCCAUACCCCAACUUCAACAAGACAGUAUCUGCAGCACUUUCCGAGCAAUUGACGAAAAUCACUCUUCCAUAUUUGACACGUCACCAACAGAUUACACUUAUCACAGUCAUCGAAGCCGUGGAUGAGGUAACUAAAGAUGAAAAUGUGGUGGAUUACAACGGCGUUAGAUUUUUAAUGGGUGUAAAGUUAUUUUUAUCCCACAAAAAUGUUCAAAAGAGUAUUCUGAUGAGAGACGUUUCUUGGGCUUUGCAUUCAGAUAACAAAGAAAUAAUAUUAUCAUUUAUUGACCACCACAUAACUUCAUGGAAUCGUGCGUGCGAAUACAAGAUAGCUUAUUGGAUCAAAGAACAAGAUUUAGUAAAGAAAUUUGAAGAUAUUGCAAAAUAUGAAUUUUCCAAAGAUGACAAGAGAGAUCCAAGUCGGUGUGCUAUAUUCUACCUUGCGUUGAAGAAAAAACAGAUACUAUUAAGCUUGUGGAGAAUGGCUAUUGGUCAUCCUGAGCAACAGAAGAUGAUUAGGUUUAUCAGUAACGAUUUUAGUGUACCUAGGUGGAGAACUGCGGCGCUCAAAAAUGCCUUCGUUCUGCUGAGUAAGCAUAGGUAUAUGGAUGCUGCAGUGUUUUUUCUCUUAACAGGCUCUUUGAAGGAUUGUGUCAAUGUUCUUUGCAAGCAAGUCGGGGACAUGGAUAUGGCUAUCGGUGUAUGUCGUGUUUAUGAAGGUGAUAAUGGGCCUGUGUUGGGAGAGCUAUUAACCACACAAAUGUUGCCUGAGACAAUAAGGGAGAACGAUAGAUGGAAAGCAAGCUUUAUUUAUUGGAAAUUAAGGAAACAAGAAGUAGCUAUUAAAGCUUUGAUGACUGCACCAAUCGAUUUAGAAAACAAUUCUGAGGUUGUUAGCAAAGAAACCUGUGUUAACAGAUCAUUUCUCGUCGAAGAUCCCGCUCUCCUUUAUUUGUACAAUCACUUGAGAAAUAGAAACUUAAAGUACUUUAUUGGGUCUCUUAAUGUUGAAGCCAAAAUUGAAUGUACUUUGAUUUUAAGGGUUACUGAUAUUCUUUGCCGUAUGGGUUGCAACUACUUGGCCGCUUCACUUGUGAAGAAUUGGAAGUUCAUUGAAAGAAAUUCCGUUCCUGUCCAAAAAUUACUAGAGAGUCCCGCAAAAGACAGAACUUAUUCUGUUAUUGGUGCUAUGGCAGCUGAACCAACGUCAACAGCUAGGAUGAGGCCUAGUCUUUUUGAUAAAUUUGGUUCCUCUAACCCCUCAGAGGCAGAGCCUUUCAAAGCCAGUACUACAUUACCAAGUAACUUGUUAGAUGACUUUUCGCAACCACCGCCAAAUAUCUCUUCACCAACGUCCCUCGAUCAAGAUUCUUCUUCGGCACCCAGAAGUCUAUUGGAUGAUUUUGCAUCUCCUUUCUCUUCCCAGCACAAAGAGAACGUAGCUCCAAGCAUGUUAGAUGGCUUUACAGAGAAAACAGAAAACUCUGAAAAUGUGAAUGGGAAAAGUUUACAGAGCAACUUCUCAUCAGAAGAGCCACAGAAUCCAAGAAAAUCGGCUGUGACCAAAAACUUACUGGACGACUUUAUGUGA